AUGGCUCAGGUAGCUCUAGAUGGUAAAUUGUCUUGUCCGAGUCCUUCUGGCAUUCCGAGUCCUUCCUUCUGGCAUUCCGAGUCCUUCCUUCCGACAGGAAAAGUUUUUCUUUCCGACAGGAAAAGUCCUUCCUUCCGACAGGAAAAGUUUUUCCUUCCGACAGGAAAAAUUUUUCUUUCCGACAGGAAAAAUUUUUCCAGUUGUCCGUCCGUAAACCAUUCAAAUUUUCGAAAAUUGAGAACUUUUUGGCCGACCUUCAGGAAAAGUUUUUCCUUCCGACAGGAAAAAUUUUUCUUUCCAACAGGAAAAGUUCUUCCUUCCGACAGGAAAAGUUCUUCCUUCCGACAGGAAAAGUUCUUCCUUCCGACAGGACACAAACGAAUGUCCGACGUACCACCAACCGAGUCCAUUCCAAAGCCAGAAGAACCGACAGCCCCAGCACCACAACAGACUAAGACUAAAACACUUACAUUUUUACGCUUGACUUUUUACAAUUUGAACUUUGUUCGCGUAGAUGUGAAUUCUGAAAGAAGUAUGAGGGUCUUGUAUGACUUUGUACUUCUCCCAUAG